UGCGCGCCCCAGGAGCGCCGCGCGGCCCUGCCCGCGGGCUCCGGGUGUCCGCGGGGCGGCGCCGCGGAACAUGACGGCGCCCUGGGCGGCCCUCGCCCUCCUUUGGGGAUCGCUGUGCGCGGGUUCCGGGCGUGGGGAGGCUGAGACGCGGGAGUGCAUCUACUACAACGCCAACUGGGAGCUGGAGCGCACCAACCAGAGCGGCCUGGAGCGCUGCGAGGGCGAGCAGGACAAGCGGCUGCACUGCUAUGCCUCCUGGCGCAACAGCUCCGGCACCAUCGAGCUCGUCAAGAAGGGCUGCUGGCUGGACGACUUCAACUGCUACGACAGGCAGGAGUGUGUGGCCACCGAGGAGAACCCCCAGGUGUACUUCUGCUGCUGCGAAGGCAACUUCUGCAACGAGCGCUUCACCCACCUGCCAGAGGCUGGGGGCCCGGAAGUCACGUACGAGCCACCCCCGACAGCCCCCACCCUGCUCACGGUGCUGGCCUACUCGUUGCUGCCCAUUGGGGGCCUCUCCCUCAUCGUCCUGCUGGCCUUCUGGAUGUACCGGCAUCGCAAAGCCCCCUACGGCCACGUGGACAUCCACGAGGACCCUGGCCCUCCGCCCCCAUCCCCUCUGGUGGGCCUGAAGCCACUGCAGUUGCUGGAGAUCAAGGCUCGGGGGCGCUUUGGCUGUGUCUGGAAGGCACAGCUCAUGAAUGACUUUGUGGCUGUCAAGAUCUUCCCCCUCCAGGACAAGCAGUCGUGGCAGAGUGAGCGGGAAAUCUUCAGCACGCCCGGCAUGAAGCACGAGAACCUGCUGCAGUUCAUUGCCGCUGAGAAGCGAGGCUCCAACCUCGAGGUGGAGCUGUGGCUCAUCACGGCCUUCCACGACAAGGGCUCCCUCACAGAUUACCUCAAGGGGAACAUCAUCACGUGGAACGAACUGUGUCACGUGGCAGAGACCAUGUCAAGAGGCCUCUCCUACCUGCAUGAGGACGUGCCCUGGUGCCGUGGUGAGGGCCACAAGCCGUCCAUCGCCCACAGGGACUUUAAAAGCAAGAAUGUGUUGCUGAAGAGCGACCUCACAGCCGUGCUGGCUGACUUUGGCCUGGCUGUUCGGUUUGAGCCCGGGAAACCUCCAGGGGACACCCACGGGCAGGUGGGCACACGGCGGUACAUGGCCCCUGAGGUGCUCGAGGGAGCCAUCAACUUCCAGAGAGACGCCUUCCUGCGCAUUGACAUGUAUGCCAUGGGGCUGGUGCUGUGGGAGCUUGUCUCGCGCUGCACGGCUGCGGAUGGACCCGUGGACGAGUACAUGCUGCCCUUUGAGGAAGAGAUCGGCCAGCACCCGUCGCUGGAGGAACUGCAGGAGGUGGUCGUGCAUAAGAAGAUGCGGCCCGCCAUUAAGGAUCACUGGCUGAAGCACCCGGGCCUGGCCCAGCUCUGUGUGACCAUCGAGGAAUGCUGGGACCACGAUGCGGAGGCUCGCCUGUCGGCGGGCUGCGUGGAGGAGCGGGUGUCCCUGAUCCGGAGGUCGGUCAACGGCACUACCUCGGACUGUCUGGUCUCCCUGGUGACCUCUGUCACCAAUGUGGACUUGCCCCCGAAAGAGUCAAGCAUCUAAGCCCAGGACACGAGUGGAUCUCCCGACUCAGUGGAUCUUAAGAGGAAAAGGAAAAAAAAAAGUUGUGUUUUGUUUUGGAAAUCCCAUAACACCACCAACAAACACAUGAAAUGCAGCUGCUAUUUUACCUUGACUUUUUAUUAUUAUUAUAAUUAUUAUAAUUAUUAUUAUUAAUAUUAUUUUUUGGAUUGGAUCAGUUUUACCAGCACAUCGCUCUACUGUAUCGCAAACAGCGGACGCGUCAGCAGGCGUUGAGGUGCUGAGCUGUGAACGCAGAACCAGCGCCUGCUCAAGAGCCCCAUCACCUCCUGUCCUUUGGGGGUUCAUUGUUCCCGCUUUCUCUUUGUUUGUCGUCUCAGAAUCUGUGACACAAAGAAACCCAUCUCCUGUCUUAGGAAACUUAAUGCUGCAAACUCUUCCUAGAGGAACCUUUGAAGACUGUUACAUAAGAACACACCUUCCUCAAAAGAGGAGUGUCCCUUUGCCCUCAUCCUCCUGCCUCCCUCCCUUUUAUUGUGUUUUUUUCUCCCCUUUGAGACAGUGAGUUUAAGGAACAGCAGAUGUGUCUUUCACGGAUUAACGGGUGUUGUCCUGACCGAGGAAAAACUGGGAUGAGGACAGGAUGGUUGGACUGGAGUUGGCAGGGGCGACGGAGCAGGGGAAGGGUCUGGAGCAGAGCUACACUGGACUCGGGCACAGUUGGAGCACCAUCCUUUGCUAUGAGGCUACUUCUCAGGUAACCAGGAAUUGAGGGGAAGGACCGAGUGGAGGCCGAGCAUUAACGGCAAGCGUGGGGUUUGGAGAAAGUCCAAAAGCAGGUGUGGCUGUGACCCAUCUGUUGGCCCUGACCAGUUUUUUCCACUCACUUGGGCUUGGGCCUAAGACAGAACAUUUUUUUUUCUGCCCUACGUUAAGGUUAGGUAAGGGUAGAAAUCACGGUUUCGGGAGUACAUUCUUCAUCCAACAUGAUGCUGUAAACAUCUUUAAUGGGGCAAAGUUUGAAAUACAUGGCUUCCUCCUGGAGCAGUUCAGGGAAAUGCCCACAGGGCAGGGGUGCCCUGCACAGCCAGGGCAAGAGGAUUUCCUGUGUGGGGCCCACUGAGGCCUGCCUCUCUGGCGAUUCUGAGAGUCCUGCAGCGCCGGCUCUGCCCCAUGUGGUGACAUUACUGUCCUUUUUGUGGCUCAUGGAUACGGCUUUCUCCGGACCCCUUACAGUGGUGCAUAUUCUAAAAUCCCUUUCUCUAUUAUGCCAUAACCUUGCUCUAGUCAGUGAAUGUUCCUAAUGCUGCUGUUUCAACAUUUGAAUUUCUUUUAAUUUAUGAAACAUGCAAGAUUUUAAAAAAACAAAAGGUAUACACAUCCACAUGUACACACACGCUUUGCUAUGUGGCUUCCAAGGUUUAAAUUUUGAAAAGUAAAAGAAUUAAAACUUCACGACCACAGACCACCUCAAACCAGAAAUACCUCAGAAUUUUCUACUUGUGUAAGUUUUAUUAUAUAUUUUAUUAGUUGUGUUGUCUUGUAAUAAGUAUAUUUUAAUGUAAGUUGGCUUUUAUGACAAGAAAGUUUAAAAGAAAUAGAGAAAAAGAAAAAAAGUUUGAGUCUUCUAGGUAGUGCUACCAUUUUUGUUUGAUAACGCCCCCUUGUAAAUAAAUAAUUGUCAUCAACUGUAGGUUGGCUGUCUGGGCCAAGUCUGGGCAUUCAUCACUCUUGUUUGUGAAGGCUUUUCCUUCUGGUUUCUUUAGACCAUUUUAUUUUAAAACUGGAUCUCUUAAUAUUGAGGGGCGUUGGUGGGCAAUGGGGAGAGGUUGACUUGGGUGAGAAUGGGAGAGGGGCACCUCCUCUUGGGUUAUUUGGAGGUUCAGAUAUUUCCAUCAACUUGAUUGGUUGAUGUUCAGAAUGACAGGUAACCCCACUUAAACUUGAUGGCCCUUAGAGACCUGCAUGAGGUAAUUUUACUUGAGAUUUAAUUUCUUAAGGAAGUUAGCAGCGGUGAUAGCGGAAGAGAUCCUUGGUGUCUCGGAAUCCACACUGACUCGGGAGGCAGUCUGGCUAGAGUCGCAUGUCUGGAGGGGAGAGUUCUCUGCCUGUUGCCCCGGAGUUGGCAGUCUAAGAGGGCACUGCUUCCCUCUCCGCACGCUGUGUGCAGCAUCUGGGGCCUGCCUCUUGUGUGUGUCCUUUUCUCUGAGUGUUUGGGCAUAGGGUGCUGUGGGAGGUGAGUUUGCUUCCCUCUCCGAGCUCAGUUUUUGCUUCAUGGGUCAAAAUGUGAGCUGGCCAAGGUGGUACAGGGACAGGUUGCUGUUUUUUUGGUUGGUUUUUUUGGUAAGCUAUGAUGUCGUUUACUUUUUUUUAAAAAAAAAACACUAUUUUGUGCUGUGGUAUUUUCUUCCCUUGGAAUAAUUUUUAACAGCAAAACAGGCCUUACAGCAGUUGCUUUUCUUUUUCACUUAUUUCUUUAAGAAGCUUUAAAAUAUUUAUUGAGAAGUGCCAUAUCUAAUUUCUUUAGCUUUCUCCUCAGACAGUGCCGGGCGUCUCUACUUUUCACCCUCAGAAGAAACAAACCACUAACAAAUGUAGCUCAUUUACUAUGGGAAUGAUGGGAUCACUGAUCCUACCCAGGGUGGAAUACUAAGCGCCAGCCUUUCCAUGUGGGGUCAGAUUUCCUCUGGGUGAUUUCUCUUUUGUGUGCUGGCUGGAUUCUUGUGAGAACAAGCUUUGACCUGGCUGUGGAGGGUUGCACCGUUGCCCUGGUCUGGGCACCUGCUGACCAGGAUGCAGUGCAGACACGUAGGCCUUCCUGGUGGCCUGCAUGCCUUUCAUCUGAGUGGGCUCCCUCUUUGCUGACCCUGUGCUCAGCUUCUGUGGCAUCUCUUUGGGGCCUUGGCACCAGAAUGGAGUGUCAGGAGACGGUACCUGUUUGGUGUGGCCGGGGAGAGGGGAGAGUCGUGGGGGGUGUGUGCCAGUUCUUUGGACUGCAGGCUGCCCCUUCCCUCAUGCUGUGUAAAAUGCCCCCGUCAGGCAGUAUUGCUAAUGGCUGCUGCUGGCCAUAAGAAAGCGGGUGAUCUCUUUCCAGGGCAUGCCACUGGAGCCUGGGUGUAUUUUUUGCCUCAGAUCAGGUGUUUGUCUCUUUGUUGUCGUGUAUUCUUUGGGGAGUGAACCGUCUAGAAUGCAGGUUUAUAGGGCUUCUGCCUAUGCUCUUCUCCACAAAGAUUUAUGUGACAUUCAGUACUGGGCAGCUCAGAUAACGACUUUUAUUUUUCUUUCCUCACGCUCUGUGGAAGACUGGUGGCAAUGGAGUCUGGCAUCAUUUUCCCUGCCCAUGGGAGAGGCUGCCCCAUUGACAGUGGGAGGGCAGCCAAGUCAGGGGAAGAGAAGUAACCAAGGGUCCUUGUUCCUUCCUUUUUAGUGUGCUGUCACCCAAGCGGGCUCCUGGCUGUAGGAUGGGAUGUGCAGGAGAAUGUAUUAUGUUUGAAAACACCCCUGAUUACUGUGGGAAGAUAUCCCUAGCCAGAGAAUUCCAGGAAUGAGCAAGAGGAGGAGGAAGCAAGUGGGGACAGAAACCACUGUGUCACAGUGUCCUGCAGAGGACUCUUGCUGAUUGAGGGGUGAGAGGUAGGCAGGGAAGGCCAUGGACAGUCACUAGAGCAUCCUGGGGCUGGCACGAGCUGGAUUUUCUCCUGGGACCAUUGGUCCCUAUCAGGAGUCUUUCUUUGAGUAAGUUACUCAGGGCAAGGGCUGCAGAUGGACUAUUCUUAGGAGAAAGGGAGACCUGGCUAUAGGGAAGGUCGUGAGCCAUAUCACCCUUUGUCGUUCAGCUUGGCCUUGUCCUGUUGGCUCUUGGUCGGUGCUCAGCUCUGCCAGGGGAGGGCUUCCCCCGUGUGCCAGCUGCUCCUGACCCUGUCUGGACCUGGCACAUGAGAAUACACAAGGACUUUGUUCAGGCUUGAACAUCUUCAGGAGCCUUGCACACCCCCCCCCUG